GAUCUGAGCUCGGCUGCAGGGACUGUCUCUCCGGAGGGUUCUGGUUCCGGGGCCGCUGAGAUCGAGUCACCGAAAGACGACAAACGUCCAGAUCGGGCAUUUGAUAAAGCAGAAGGUAGAACCCAGAACCUCGGAGCUGGUGUACCGAUGGACUCGACCGAUUUCCGGGUCACGUGGUGGAUGCAUAAUAAGCCAACCACAGACCGUAAUAUAGCCUGCACCGACCGUAUAUGAAACAAUACACGCGCACUGAAACAUAACCGAGGCUGGCCUUGGUUCGGAUGACCGCAGUGGUGCUGCCUCCCUGAGCUCCAUCAGCCGUGCAGGUGCCGAGCUGAGCGGCACACCGGGCCCAGCGGCUCUGAGAAGGGGGACACGGCAUGCCGGAGCCGGGGGGGAUAUCUCUGUGAUCCGUUGUGUCAGGACAGAGCGUUGGAAUUUAGAGUGAGUCAAAGGUCAAGAAAAAGGCUUCGGUGUUCCAUGUUAGCGUCUUCUUGUCAAGAUGAGUACGGACAGACCCAAACGGAACAUCAUCAAAAAGAAAUAUGACAUCAGUGACGGGAUGCCGUGGUGUGAAGAACGUCUCGUCCGCAAAGUCCUCUUCCUGUCCCUCAGGGAAUUCAGAGACACACACCGUGCCACACAAAGAAACUCACACAUACACACGCGUGCACACAAGCACACAACUAAAAAUACUCUCCUUCAUGCUCAGCGAAAGACACGGACACUGCCAAAAACCCACAAGCAGCAAAACACACGCACAAGACAGAGUGUGCACACGCCACGACAAAGACCACCUAUCACACACACACAGAAAAACACACAAAAUAUGCACAUUUCAAAACCCCCCCAUGGAGACUCCAACAAAGGGCGAAAAAAUAACGUGUCUCAGGACUCAUGCACACCAAGAAAUAAAUGUACGUCCACCCAACAGAACAUGCAAACACAAUCAGAGAGAAUGGCACACACUGUACAACCCACACAAGAUAAUACACACACACUCCAGAGGAAUGCUGCAUCCACCAGGACACUACGCUCGCAUAAAACACUGCCGCUGCUCAACUCAAAACACGCAGAAAGUGCAAAACACACACAUGUUGCCCAGCACAAACACUCAGUGAAGAACACACAGACACUGCUGAAGGCUGCUACCCCCCCGAGGACGCUGCGCUCACACCUCCCCACACGCCUCAGGGGCUCCCUGGUUAAUGGCAGCAUCAGCGGCUGUCAGUCCGUGCUGUCGGCCCGCUGGAGCCUCUCCCUCCAGACGCAGCUCCGCCCGGCCGGCCUCCACCGCCACAGGGACGACUCGUCCAGCAAGAGACCCCGGCUGCAGGCGCAGAGGAAGUUCGCUCAGUCCCCUCCCAGCUCUCCAGGGCCGCCAGCAAUGAUGUCAUCAGCACGAGGUAAGCACGCACACAACCUGGCGGUGGUCACCUGUCUGACGAGGAGGCGACCCAAGACCGAGGACUUCCUGUCCUUUCUCUGUCUGAGAGGUUCAGCAGCGUUGCCUAGCAACAUGGGCUUCUUAGCGAGUGGACGAGCGAAGGAGCCAGCUGGCACUCAGCAUCUUACUUCCUGCCUCCCAACCAAUCACAAGACUGCAGCACAGGGGAAUAACACAAGCCUCUUCAGCAGAACAACAGUGCAGCGGGACUCUCGCUCUCUGAGGGGGGGGCCUGCCGGCUAUGCAGCUGGGGGCUCCUUCUGCCCUCUGAGCGCCCGGGCACAGAGGAGGAGGGAGAGAGAGAGGAGGAGUAGAGAGGGGGGAGCUGAGAGACACCUGCUGAGACCCCGGCAGCUCCCCCUGCAGGUCAGGAGGACAGACCAGGUUUCCAUGGUGACUGGACUUUCUGAUCAAAGAGCUUCCUGUGUCAGGUCAGUUCCCAUAUUAAAGCCGAGCUCCGGGGGAGCCAGCAGACGCUCCCCCAGGCCUAGCAAUACCUGUAAACCCAGACUCCAGGAAGCCAAAAACAAACACCUCACCCAGCGCAGCAAACACCAGCUGCCUCGCAACCACCGCCUUCCUCCACAACCCCGCACCACCCCAGACAAAUCCAGAAACCCCAAGACCUUCAGCAGUGUGCAGAACUCAGGAAGACGUCCCAGCAGGACUCAAACCCCAGUGACUAAUGGCUCAGCGAUUAGAGUGCUCACUGAGAACCCUGAGGUUCUGAGGUCAUCCAGGAGAAGGAGAGGCCUCCCCCCCGACACCAGCCCCACCCCUCUUAACAACAAGAACUCAAAGAAGGCCAGGACAGUGCAGUGCAGCCAUGCUGAUGUCCCAGAGGAGAGGGAAUGCCAUGUUGGGGAGAUCCCUCAGAGGGAGGCCAGCUGUGAUGCAGAUGUAAGAGAAGCGUCUGCAGGCCACAUAAGUGAAAUCACUGAAGACCUUCCACAGGACACAUGUGGCUGUGUUGGAGAGAUGACAGUAGAGAGGGGUUGUGGCGUUAGUGAAGACAAACAUGUUGAAACUUUGUCCGCCGUCUCUUCUCAAGAAGAGGUCAACCUUUCCACCAUGAUCGCAAACUCUGAGCUAGGCCCCGUCAGUGAGGUCAUCAGCAGACAUGUGAGAGACAGAAGGCUCCAGAGAAAUCAGACUGUCCCCAGACUAAUGACCAGGACUGCUGAUUCCAGGAGGAGGACUACUGCCAUUAAAGUUGCUAUGAACUCAUUGACUUCUACACACACACACAGUAACCCACCAGCCAGUGUUUUUGCCAAGCAAACUGCUAAGGGCACUAACACAUGUACUAGCAAGGACAUGACCAAGUGUACUUCACCAUCCAGCAUAUGCUCCACAAUCCUGAAUUCCAAAGGUGCUGUAAAAGACUCUUCUAAGGGUACCACAGAGGACUCAACAGAGGACUGUCCAGCUGUCAGUAGUUAUUCCAACACUUCCAGGGGCUCUGCAAAGGGCCCCACCCAGACCAAGUCUACUACCUCAGCCAUUAAGACCAGAAGCAGCCCUAGAAUCCUUCAGAGGCGCUAACAACACCUGAUUAACUAUAUUAAGAAAUUGAUGAUUAGCAAAAUGUUCUAAAUAACAUUGGAUACUGUAAUGUACUGAUACUAUAAACACAGCAUGGUCAGGGGUUUUGGCUGCUUGGAUAGUGAGAUGUGUACUGUUCACUACACAUGUCAAUAACUUUGGGAUCAUUUGAAUUAUUUAAUGGUUUAGACAAUGAAGGCUCAUGAACACCUUCCGUUUCGCGCAGACAGGUCCGUAGGAGGAAAUGUCCAUAAGCGAGUGAAGACAGACUUCCCACACAGUCCUUUACUUGCAUAGAACUUUAUUUAUAAAAACAAUGUUCCAACCCAAGAUCUACAUGAGGUAAAGCUUAAAGGUGAGGUUUUACCUGAUAAUGAUCUUAUGACAAACACAUUUCUCAAUAAAGUAAAUAGCAAGUUAAAGGACAGUGUGUUUCCAACACUUUUCACAGCCUAAUGGCAGACAAGUUGUGUAAGGGAUUGAUCAGUAUGUCACCAGCAGUGGCUCAGUCAGUGGGGGCUUGGACUGUGAGCCGUAGGGUCGCCGUUUCAAGUCCCUGACCAGACCUAAAAUAUGGAGUGUGGACUGCUACUUGGAGAGGUCCCAGUUCACCUCCUGCCCUGCCGUGAUGCUCUUGAGCAAGGCACCGGACACCCCCCCUCACUCCCAUUGCUCCCCAGGCGCUGUACAAUAGCUGCCCACUGCUCCUAGUACCAGACUCCUGGUACUAGGAUGGGUUAAAUGCAGAGAACACAUUUCACUGUGACCAUUAAAAGAGGGUUUCAUCCCUCCUCCCAAUUCUUCUCAGAUACUGCCCUGCUGUAUCUGAAAGGCACACAGUUAAAACUGCAGUGGGUCUGCUGUUUAGUUUGUCUGCCAUUGCAUUCAGAAAGGAAUAAUCUGUUCAGGACUGUUUAGAUUCUGAGGUGUCCUUUACUCUGGGGACAUGCCCCCCCCACAUGGCAUUCACACUAUAAAUGACUGGCCACAAACAUCACGAGUACUGAUACUGGUUACGGUUUCAGGAUGACAUCAGGUGCUGUAGGUGCUAUUAGCUUCCCCAUGAGCUAUUUUGGGAGGUUGAAUAAAAUAGAGUUAAAAUGUUAUACCUUUUAUUAAUUAAUGUUUCACUUGACCUCACAGUAAAGCCCCUGUGUGUGAAGGACCAACAUAUUACCAUAGACUGUAUAUAUAAAGCAUAUUACACCUGUUUGAGUGACUCCAAAAUAAAAAUAGUGAUAAAAUACACAGUGGGAGAGGCUUAUCUUUCUGUUUUUCCAACAUAAGCUGGCCGUCUAAGUCAUUAAGUUGGACAACAGUAACAUGAUAUUCUUACACAGGGAAGUGUUUGUAUGGGUUCAUAUUUCUUUUUUCCAUAUAAUAUGUUUUAUCAGGUAAACUUAGUUUGCUUAAAAACAUCAUUCAGUUUCAUGUUAUAACCCCUCUCAGCUGUGGAACUUUAAGAAUCCAUAAACUGACAUUAUGUAUAAUUGUUAGAAUAUGAUUAAAUAAAAUGUACAGUAAACUGCGUUCAUUAUAACUGACUUUAAAGGACGUGUAUUAAUAGAUUUGUCGAUGAAGUGAAAGCUCUUUAUGUCAAUGUGAAGCAUUGCUCAAAGGUUCUAUAACACUAGGGCAUCAAAGGAUAAAACUAAUUCCAUACUACAUUUUUCUUGUACACUAAAACAAACCAUGUUUGUUGUAGUUACUAAUUUAUUUAUAACUACAUUAUGGAAAUGCCUUAUUCCAGACUGUUUGCUAAUAACAGUUUUUAGUAUCAGGAAUGUUGUCCUGGUUGGUAUUUUAAAAACUGUAUUGAUUCUCUUCAUUCUAGGCGUUUGUACCCUUUGUGAACUCAUGGUUAAUCAUUAUUACAUAGUCAGCCAUUCUCUGUAGCUAUAGACAAAGUAGAAACACAACAUCAUUGCAGACAAUCUACUUCCUGAAGCAGGUUCAUCCUGUAUGACUCUGGAGAAUUCCCACUAACAUUUGAUGGAUGUUUCAUCAAGGCCCUACAUGUUUCUAUGACUCUGUUGGCUGAAUGGCCAUAACUCCCAUGUGCUGAGACGCCUCCAGUGUUUCAUGUAUUUUCUCUACAGCCUUGGAGCUUGCUCCUUUGACCAGUGGGAGAGUUCUCACUUACAAACAAAUGGAGUCAUGUCUCUGUUCCCGACCAUGGAUAUUAUUGAUCUCAUUCUAGUUAAUGCAACAUUUUUUUGAAGUUGUCAGUCAGUUGUUUAUUGUGUAUUCAUGAAGUAAAAUGAGCAAACUCUUACAGCUCCAAGGGAUUAAGAACGUGAAUUUGUGCAACUACAUCAAACUAACUGUAUAAAGUCUGUAAAUGUGAAUAAUUUUAAUGGAAUUUGCAAUAAAUUCUUUUUGCAUAUUUA